ACAUCUCUGAGGCAUUGCGCAAUUACAAACAUUAGAAUGAAGUAAACAAGUUCCUGAGACACAAGUAAAUUAUUGUAUUCAUAUUCUAUUCAGAUCAAACUGAGCACAAAAAUUAAUUAGAACAUUGUAGAUAAAUAAGGAAGGCGUUUACCUCUUGCUAUGUGUCGGCUGUCCUUGGAUAAGGCCUUCCCCAGGGACACCAAGUUUGAUUGAGAGCAAACCUUGUUGGGCCUGGGCUUGGCUCCCUAGGUAUAGUUGUGUCUAUUAACAUCCCGUGGUAUAGUCUUCCGUAAAGAGUACAGUUCUUCUUAUUCACUAAGAUCUAGAUUUUAGUUUAGAAUACCCUGGGUUGAACUAGCUAACUAGUUGGGUUUCUCAUGAAAGCCUGGCCACAUGUCUAGAAUAUUUACUAUAAUUUGGUCUUUUGCCAAGCUAUAUUGCGAUGUUUUACAUGACUAUUUGCUACUUUUGGUACUAAAGGUUCAAACUACAAUUCAUGCCAAGCUGAAAGAUAACACGUUUACGGAACCAUUCGCAACCAAGGAGUUAGCAUGGUUUAUGGCAUCUGCUUUACUGAGCCUCCCUGUGAUCUUUCUUCUUAAUACGUUUUCAGCAUUUUUCAGAAAAACACCAAAGAAACGUUCACGAAGUCACCACAAAAGCCACACCCAUCGAAGGUCUAAAAGAGUUCACCCAGAAAAAUGAAGUGUUACACGGUAGUUUGAUAAAACCGUAUGUUGUGUUGCCGGUUAAGUUCCUGAUUCCUUUUUCACUAGGUUGAAGCAAGGCUUCAAGUCAUUGUAAACACUCAGGAAGAGGAUAUUAUAGGCGUAAGAAAAAUAGACGACGGUAGAGGCUAUGAAAUUCAUUUGUGGUUCCAUGCUCUCAUUGUUUGACUUAAAUUUGUUGAAUUUGGAAUCACCUAGAGGAAGAAGGUACACCCAAAAGGAUCUUUAUUUUUUCAAAAAAUGUCCUGCUUUUUAGAUUCACACAGAGAAAGGGACACCCAAAAGGAAUCAUUCUCAUUUGUUUUUUUUUGUUGCUAAAGCAACACUUUGCUUGUUUGGUUUUCGGUUUGUUUGGGUGUUUGACAAACUAGGUUAAAUACUGUUCCCAAAGAUGAUUUUUCUUAUAUUUGAUUAUUAAUGUGUCCAG